AUGUUGCCUCAAAAUCAUCCAGAUUAUUUACCACGGGCUCCAAAAGCCUUAGAUUUCAUCAGAAAUCAAUUGCAAAGCAAAGGUUAUGAUUUGGACGGCGUUUCAAACGAGGUUCUGAAGCAGUAUAUCCAUAAACAAAGAAAUCAAAAAGUUCCAGGAAAAAUGCACGGCGGCGCUAACAAGACACAGGAAAAUCCGGCAUCAUUGAGACAAAAACAAUACUUCCAGGGUAAUAUCCAAGAGCAAAGGGCAUGUAUAAGAUGUUCAGAAUCGGUUUUUGGAGAAAGAUUUCAUCAUCGUCAGUACUUUGACAAUAUUUAUAGUGAAAAUGAAGAAGAGGAAGAAGAUUAUGAUUAUGGAGAUCAAGAAUAUACUGGAUUGAUUGAAUUGUCUAGAAAUAAUGCUACUCGCGAUUCCAAUCUGUUUUGGUACAAUGUGCUUUUUGGCGGCUCAAGUUGCCAAAAUAAAAAGAAUAGCAUUUACAACACCCAUAAAUCUAAGCAACACUCUCACUCGAAAGAAUUUUUUCCCGAAUUCUUAUCUGAAAUACAUUCCCACAAAACCGGAUCAUCGUUUACUGAAUUGAAAGACCCCAAGAGAGCUAAAUCUCGAUCAUCUUCUUACUUUUGGAAUUCUUUUUUUUGUCCACCACACCGUUAA